GGAAGAUGUCGCUACCUGCCAACUCGGAAGCACAAGCAAACAUAUCGACCUCUCUGCUAACCAUGGUCUGCUUUUUUCGAGAUCCUCCCGAGGAUAAGGCAAUCCAUGGUAAGCACAAAAAGCACGUGCAAUUCACCUUUUUCACGCCCUAACAUCCAAGCUCCAUUGUAUCAAUCUUGCACUUUCCUCGCCGCCUUCCGAACAAAUUUACCAAAACAUUGCAAUUUCGGCACGGGCGUGAAGGAUCAACAAGAAUUUAGAGAAGCAGCAGAGAGGCGAGAGAGAGGCGAGAGAGAGGCGCUGCCACCACAUUUCACCCACAGACCGCCUGUUCGACAAGUUUCGACAAGUCCAAACCGCAAAACGGGUCUCCCAGCGCACAGAUGUCAGCCUACAAUUUUAAACAAUCGCAAUACAAGAACGCUCGAGCUUUGGAGUCGGUGUCGCCUCAGAUUCCAGAUCGCACUGUCAACAUCGCUUGCGCACCGCAAACGGCGAGUCAGAGGAACGCCUGGAGCAGCUCUUGGUUCUGGUGCGACCUGCCCUGCCGCCGAACUGUCUGAGCGUAAUCCGACGACAACUCGUUCUUUCGGGACGGCCGUCAAACAGCUCAUCUCAUCUUCCGUUCGCUGUGCACUGUUUUCUGUCGCAAUCAUUCCGUCUACGCGCGUAGCAAGCAGACGUAGCAACGAUUCAGAUCAGGGCUGUCAAGCAAAAAGUUCCCUUCUUCUCUUUCCGACGUCCCGUCCUGCGAGUCAAGGACCAUCCAGAAGUCGAAAUGGCUCUUGAACAUUGCCCUGCCCUGAUCUCCCGACAAACAGCAACAGAGGGACCGCGUGAUUUAUUUCCGUCCUCCUUCUUAUUCUCGGGAGGUCUUGC